AUGGCAUACGCAGGAAAGCCACCAAGUGACGAUGCACUCUUCCCCCUCGACCCAGCUCUAGCAGACGAAGGAGACAUCCCACUCGACACGGAUGCCGCAAUGGCCCGCAUAGAAGCGACUUUCGACAUCGACCCCCCUCUCUCGCGUCGCCACAGAGCCAGAGACAUCACCGUGCGAGAAAACCACCUCACCCCUGACAAUAUACUCACAGGCGGUGAUCGCUGGGUGGAGUUUUACUGGAGCAAUGUCAAUCUGAUCGUUCCUGGCGAAAAAACUCUUAUCGAUCCUAGGGAUCCGGAGUGGGAGGACAUGACUGAGAAUUGGUGCACUGCAGCUUCGAAUGUUUCGGGGUUCAUAUCGAUAUUUUUCAAGCCGCGGCAGGAUUUGUCGGUGUAUAAUAUUCCCAUGAGUGCGGAGUUUCAAAGGUGGUUGUCCGAUUGGCGGAAGAAGGGUUAUCAGGAGCCUCUUGGUCCUGGAGAUGUGGAAGGCUACGUCGUACCCACUCAAGCCGAGGUAGCUGCCCACAACAACCAGAGGAGCCUUCAACGCGUCAACUUCCAGCAUCGCAUGUUCACAGAUCCUGGCGUGUUCGUACACUUCGAAAUCCUCAUCAUGUGGGACUUCAACGCUGCCGCAGAGCCAGGUGAAGUCACAUGGCCCCGAGUGUGUUGGGAAAACAUCCGCUUCUACCUCGACAUGUACGAGUCCUUUAAAAUCUUGGGCCAUCCAGAUCGCCUUAAAUGCCAUUUCAUGUACAAAGACAUCCGUCAAGGUCGCUACACCCAAACGCCACGUUCAAAGCGCGAGAUCGACAAUGAUUCAAUCCUUGGCCGUCAAUGGCGAUCUAUCAUCCACCGAGCUCUGGCUGAUUACAGAGCUCACCUCGACUUGGUUGCGAUUCCUGGAUCUGGAGCGGGGCCGAUUGAUGUUGCGCAGGAUUUGAUCGCUAUCAAGGCAGAGAAAAGGAUCAGACGAACUUGGAAUGCACAUCGUGCGUCCAACAGAGGUCAAGUCAAGUUCUGGAUGUGUGAUGCUUUCCACGCGCCGAGAAGGUUGAGAGAAGAAGACCCUGAUAUCGCUGCUUGGCUGGCCAGAAGGGCCCAGUGA